GGCUGCGGGCCGCCGGGCCGGGGCUGGGGUCGGGCACGGGCGCCGGCCGGGCUUGCGCAGCGCUCGGCUCCGCGUCGCUCGGGGCCGGCGGGGCGAGGGCGCGGCCCCCGGCGGGCCGAGGGCACCGGGUGGGCGGCCGAGGGCUCGGAGGCCGGCCCAUGGACCGGCGGCUCCCGACGCCUCAGACUCUGCGCCGUGGGGACGAAGCCCAAGAUGUCGGCCUAGGCCGGGGCGCGGCGACGCGGACGGGGCGGCGACCAGGCGCGGACGGGGCUCGUGGCCGCCGCCGGGCCGCCCGAGGCUCGCGCUGACGGACUGACCGAGCGCGCGGCGAGAGGCCGGCGCGCCGAGAGCGGGCCGCGCGGCACCAUGUCGGCCAAGGUGCGCCUCAAGAAGCUGGAGCAGCUGCUCCUGGACGGGCCGUGGCGCAACGAGAGCGCCCUGAGCGUGGAGACGCUGCUCGACGUGCUAGUGUGCCUCUACACCGAGUGCAGCCACUCGGCCCUGCGCCGCGACAAGUACGUGGCCGAGUUCCUCGAGUGGGCUAAGCCGUUCACACAGCUGCUGAAGGAGAUGCAGCUCCAUCGAGACGACUUCGAGAUCAUUAAAGUGAUCGGAAGAGGCGCCUUCGGAGAGGUCGCCGUUGUCAAGAUGAAGAGCACCGAACGGAUUUACGCCAUGAAGAUCCUCAACAAGUGGGAGAUGCUGAAGAGGGCCGAGACGGCUUGCUUCCGGGAAGAGCGUGACGUGCUGGUGAACGGUGACUGCCAGUGGAUCACCACGCUGCACUACGCCUUUCAGGACGAGAACUACCUGUACCUGGUCAUGGACUACUACGUGGGGGGUGACCUGCUGACCCUGCUCAGCAAGUUCGAAGAUAAGCUUCCGGAAGACAUGGCGAGGUUCUACAUUGGCGAGAUGGUCCUGGCCAUCAGCUCCAUCCACCAGCUGCACUACGUGCACAGAGACAUCAAGCCCGACAACGUCCUUCUGGACGUGAACGGUCACAUUCGUCUGGCUGACUUCGGGUCGUGUCUCAAGAUGGACGAUGAUGGAACCGUUCAGUCCUCGGUGGCCGUGGGCACGCCUGACUACAUCUCGCCAGAGAUCCUGCAGGCCAUGGAGGACGGCAAGGGCACCUACGGGCCCGAGUGUGACUGGUGGUCCCUGGGCGUCUGCAUGUACGAGAUGCUUUAUGGAGAAACUCCGUUUUAUGCUGAGUCCCUUGUGGAGACGUACGGGAAGAUCAUGAACCAUGAAGAGCGGUUUCAGUUCCCACCCCACGUCACGGACGUCUCUGAGGAGGCCAAGGACCUCAUCCGGAGGCUGAUCUGCAGCCGGGAGCGCCGGCUCGGGCAGAACGGGAUCGAGGACUUCAAGAAGCACGCGUUCUUUGAGGGCCUGGACUGGGAGAACAUUCGGAGCCUGGAAGCCCCGUACAUCCCGGACGUGAGCAGCCCUUCCGACACCUCCAAUUUCGACGUAGACGAUGACAUGCUGAGAAACACUGAAGUACUACCUCCUGGUUCUCACACAGGCUUCUCUGGAUUGCAUUUGCCGUUCAUUGGUUUUACCUUCACAACAGAAAGCUGCUUCUCUGACCGGGGCUCCCUGAAGAGCAUCAUGCAGACGCACACGCUAACCGCGGAUGAGGACGUGCAGCGGGACCUGGAGAACAGCCUGCAGGUCGAGGCCUAUGAGAGGAGGAUCCGCAGACUGGCACAGGAGAAGCUGGAGCUGAGCCGGAAGCUGCAAGAGUCCACGCAGACCGUGCAGUCUCUUCAUGGCUCCACUCGGGCCCUGAGCAGCUCCAGCCGCGACAAAGAGAUCAAAAAACUCAAUGAAGAAAUUGAACGGCUGAGGAGUAAGGUAGCAGAUUCGAGCAGGCUCGAGCGCCGGCUGGAGGACACGACCGUGCUCCGCCAGGAGCAGGAGGACUGCGCGCAGCGGCUGAGGGGCUUGGAGAAGCAGUGUCGCCUGGCACAGCAGGAGAAGGACGACUUGCACAAGCAAUUGGCAGAAGCGUCUGAGCGGUUGAAAUCCCAGGCCAAGGAGCUCAAAGACCUGCACCAGCAGCGCAAGCUGACGCUGCAGGAGUUCUCGGAGCUCAACGAGCGCAUGGCUGAGCUGCGCUCCCAGAGGCAGAAGGUGGCGCGGCAGCUGCGGGACAAGGAGGAGGAGAUGGAGGCAGCCUUGCAGAAGAUGGACACGCUGCGGCAGGAGAGCCGUAGGUCUGAGAAACUCCGCAAAGAGUUGGAAGCGCAGCUUGAAGACGCUGUGGCUGAGGCCUCCAAGGAGCGCAAGCUGCGUGAGCACAGCGACAGCCUCUGCAGGCAGCUGGAGAGGGAGCUGGAGGCGCUCAAGGUGAAGCAGGGGAGCCGGGGCCCAGCCACUGUCUUGGAGCAUCAGCAGGAGAUGUCCAAAAUCAAGUCUGAGCUGGAGAAGAAAGUCUUGUUCUAUGAAGAGGAGCUGGUGCGUCGCGAAGCCUCCCAUGUGCUGGAAGUGAAAAACGUGAAAAAGGAGGUGCACGACUCGGAGAGCCACCAGCUCGCCUUGCAGAAGGAGAUCCUGGUGCUCAAGGACAAGCUGGAGAAGAGCAGGCGCGAGCGGCGAAAUGAGAUGGAGGAAGCAGUGGGUACGAUCAAAGAUCAGUACGAGCGGGAAAGAGCUAUGCUGCUUGAUGAAAACAAGAAAUUAACUGCUGAGAAUGAAAAGCUUUGUUCCUUUGUGGACAAACUCACGGCUCAAAACAGACAGCUGGAGGGAGAGCUGCAGGAUCUGGCCUCCAAGAAGGAGUCGGCUGCACACUGGGAGGCCCAGAUUGCCGAGAUCAUUCAGUGGGUCAGCGACGAGAAGGACGCCCGUGGCUACCUACAGGCUCUGGCUUCGAAGAUGGCGGAAGAGCUGGAGAAUCUGAGGAGCUGCAGCCUCGGCUCCAGAACUCUGGACCCUCUGUGGAAGGUCCGGCGUAGCCAGAAGCUCGACAUGUCUGCGCGUCUGGAGCUGCAGUCGGCGCUCGAGGCCGAGCUGCGGGCCAAGCAACUGGUGCAGGACGAGCUGCGGGAGAGCAAGGACGCAAACCUGUCCUUGGAGAGUAAACUGAAGGACUCCGAAGCCAAAAACAGAGAACUACUGGAAGAAAUGGAGAAUCUGAAGAAAAAGAUGGAGAAGUUCAGAGCAGAUACAGGGCUCAAGCUUCCAGAGUUCCAGGAAGCCAUUUUCGAGUACUUCAACACCGCGCCGCUGGCCCACGACCUGACGUUCAGAACGAGUUCGGCCAGCGAGCAGGAAGCCCAGGCUGCCAAGCCGGAAGGGCCGCCCCAGACCUCGGUGGCCACAAGCGGAGAGCAGCAGGAGGACCUGGGUCGGCUGUCACAGAGGCCAUCCGCUGUGCCACUGCCCGCCACGCCAGCCCUUGCCCUGGCUGGACCAAAGCCCAAGGCUCAUCAGUUCAGUAUCAAGUCCUUCUCCAGCCCCACACAGUGCAGCCACUGCACCUCCCUGAUGGUUGGGCUCAUCCGACAGGGCUAUGCCUGCGACGUGUGCUCCUUUGCCUGCCACAUUGCCUGCAGAGACAGCGCCCCCCAGGUGUGCCCCAUCCCCCCUGAGCAAUCCAAGAGGCCCCUGGGUGUAGACGUGCAACGGGGUAUAGGAACGGCCUACAAGGGCUACGUCAAGGUUCCCAAGCCCAGUGGAGUCAAGAAGGGGUGGCAGCGGGCGUAUGCAGUGGUCUGUGACUGCAAGCUCUUCCUGUAUGACCUGCCAGAGGGAAAGUCUGCACAGCCCGGCGUCAUGGCCAGCCACGUCCUGGACCUCAGGGACGAAGAGUUUUCUGUGAGCUCAGUCCUGGCCUCGGACGUCAUCCACGCCACGCGCCGCGACAUCCCGUGUAUAUUCAGGGUGACAGCCUCUCUACUAGGUACUCCUUCCAAGACCAACUCACUGCUCAUCCUGACGGAGAAUGAGAACGAGAAGAGGAAAUGGGUGGGCAUUCUGGAGGGGCUGCAGUCCAUCCUGCAUAAAAACCGACUGAGGAGCCAGGUGGUGCACGUGCCGCAGGAGGCCUACGACAGCUCGCUGCCGCUCCUCAAGACGGUCCUGGCGGCUGCUAUUGUGGACGGAGACCGGAUAGCAGUUGGCCUAGAAGAGGGGCUGUACGUCAUUGAGGUCAACCGAGACGUGAUUGUCCGCGCCGCUGACUGCAAGAAGGUGCACCAGAUCGAGCUGGCCGCCAAGGAGAAGAUUGUCAUCCUGCGCUGUGGCCGCAGCCACCAUGUGCACCUGUACCCGUGGGCCUCCCUGGAUGGGGCAGAGGGCAACUUCGACAUCAAGCUCCCGGAAACCAAAGGCUGCCAGCUGCUGGCCACGGCCACGCCGGGGAAGGACUCGGCCACCUGCCUGUUUGUGGCUGUGAAGCGGCUGGUCCUCUGCUAUGAGAUCCAGAGAACUAAGCCAUUCCACAGAAAGUUCAAUGAGCUUGCGGCCCCCGGACAUGUACAGUGGAUGGCCAUGUUCAAGGACAGGCUGUGUGUUGGCUACCCUUCUGGGUUCUCUCUGUUGAGCAUCCAGGGAGACGGGCAGUCUGUGAACUUGGUAAAUUCCAGUGACCCCUCGCUUGCGUUCCUCUCACAGCAGGCCUUUGAUGCCCUGUGCGCUGUGGAGCUCCAAAGUGAGGAGUACCUGCUUUGCUUCAGCCACGUGGGACUGUACGUGGACCCGCAGGGCCGGAGAGCGCGCGUGCAGGAGCUCAUGUGGCCUGCGGCUCCUGCUGCCUGCAGUUGUGGCCCUGCCCACGUCACGGUGUACAGCGAGUAUGGUGUGGAUGUCUUUGAUGUGCGCACCAUGGAGUGGGUGCAGACCAUCGGCCUGCGGCGGAUCAGACCACUCAACUCCGAAGGCUCCCUCAACUUAUUUGGCUGCGAGUUGCCACGCCUGAUCUACUUUCAGAACAAGUCCUCCGGCCCUGCCCUGCACGUGCCCGACACCUCCGACAACAGCAGGAAGCAGAUGCUGCGCACCCGGAGCAAGCGGCGCUUCGUCUUCAAGGUGCCGGAGGAGGAGCGGCUGCUGCAGCGGCGAGAGAUGCUCAGAGACCCGGAACUGAGGUCCAAAAUGAUCUCCAACCCGACCAACUUCAAUCAUGUGGCCCACAUGGGCCCAGGCGACGGCCGCCAGGUGCUCAUGGACCUGCCUCUGAGUGCUGUGCCCUCCAGCCAGGAGGAGCGGCCUGGCCCCACUUCCGCUGGCCUAGCCCGGCCUCCUGCACCCAGGAGCAAGCCCUACGUCUCGUGGCCCUCUUCAGGUGGGGCCGAGUCUGGAGCCACAGUGCCUCUGCACAGCAUGUCCGACCCCGACCAGGACUGCGACAGAGAGCCUGACUCGGAUUCCACCAAACACUCGACCCCAUCCAACAGCUCCAACCCCAGCGGCCCACCAAGCCCCAACUCGCCCCACCGGAGCCAGCUGCCCGUCGCCGGCCUGGAGCAGCCGGCCUGUGACGCCUGAGGUUGCGCGGG